AUGGUUAGUUGCGGAUGGCUACGGAAUGAGAAUAAAAGCUCAAAAACUGUGGUAGCCCUAGUUACACUUUUGAAACAAGUCCUCAGUGCAAAAUUAGCUCAACGCAUUCAAAUACACAAGGAUUUGGAAUCACUGCACAAAGUUAUCCAAAGAGAUGUGUUACCAAAAGAACUAGGUGGGAAUGAGAGAUCUAUGAUUAAAUUGUACCAUGAAUGGAUAGAUGUUUUUAGUUCAAAGGAGUUUCAAGAGUAUUACGUCAAAAUGAAAGCGGCAUCCACAAAUGAAAAGUACAGACAGGCUGAUAAAUUUAACGAAGAAUAUAUGGGAAUAGAAGGCACAUUUAAAACAUUAAAUGUAGAUUAG